AUGUCAUCUCUUUCUUUAAUCUCAACAAAAGAGCGUACUAUCAGGCUUCAUCCUUCUUUACCUCCUAUUUUAAUUCGUUUAAUUUUAUUACGUCCUUCAACUUCUUUGAUAUUUAUUCUUAAUUUCCUUGAAAAACCUCUUUUUGGCUCUUUGUCUCUUAGUAUUUGGACAAAAGAUAAAGGUGCUUCCUCAACUUCCUUAAGAACCACCAAUAUUCAUUCUAUUUCUCAACAAUUAUCUUGUUUAUUAGCUAAACGGUUUGCUCGACAGUGUUAUGUCGCUACACCAUUGGAAGCAGAAUGGACAGUGGAAUAUAUGGAAUGUAUUUUAAAUACAUGCAUUGAACUUGUGAAAGAAGAACAAUGUUAAAUAUUGGAUAAUGGUUAUAUAUAUGCGUGAAAUUAAUGGUUAUUUAUAGAAAUUAUAAACAGAUGGAAGUAAUAUUACUUAUUUGACAUAUAAUAAAAUAU